AUAGAAAAAUCCGCGAGAGUUCGUCGGUCAAUUUGUAACAACACCUAUAUAUAUUAACGUAACAUUCAUGUUCUCCGUCACUUCACGAAACAAAACAAUAAGGAAUCAAUCUCCUCUGCACAGGAUUGGACUUAUAAACAUAAACACACAUAACAUCGAACACCAUGACGUAUUCAACAAUGAAACGGUCACUGGAGAUUGAGUUAAUAUCAGCGGAGGGACUCAAGGUAGAUCGAAAACCGGUGAAGAGAAAGACAUUCUGCAUCGUCAGAAUAGACCAGAAGAGUCAGGCUUGUAAACCGGAUGAACUGGGUGGGAGUUAUCCGGUUUGGAAAGAUAAGAUCGAGAUGGACAUGGCGAUGAACGGUAGUGUAAGGUUUAUAUCCAUCGAGGUGUUAUAUAAAACAAGUGGUGGAGCUGAGAAGAGUGUUGGGCUCGCUAAGAUUCCAGUGACGGAUUUCAUGGGAGGUUUUGCUCCUCAAGGGCAUUUAAACUUCUUGAGUUACAGGUUGAGAGACGAGUAUGGCGACAAGAGUGGGAUCGUUAAUGUGUCAAUAAUGGUGAAGCCUGACGGUAACGGUUUAAAAUACUCAUCGCCUUCUAUGGCGGCUCCAGCGGAUUAUGCGGCGUGUUCUUCACAGGCGGCUGCGGCGGCGAAUGGUCAAAUGUGGAGACCACCAAGGACAUCUUCAUCAAUGGCGUUGACGACUGGUUACAGAGGUCGUGUAGUAGUAACAGGAGUUCCUGUUUGGGGUGCGUAUCCACGGUCGUCCUAAGUUCUUGUUUGUACAUGUUUGUCUGAACAGAUUUUCUUAAUGUUUUUGUUUGCCAUAUAUGUAUUCCUCAAAUAGGGAUUCAGGGUGAAAAACGCGUUUGGAUAAUCAUGAUUGGUAUAUAAAUAAGUAUUAUGAAAUAAAAAUAAGGUACAUUUUA